AUGGCACGACGACCGGCAUCCUCUGAUAAACGGACGACUUUUCAGCCGAUUUCUAGCAGUACUCCCUUUCAACGUAACGCUAGAAGACUUACGACCUCGCAAAGUCGAUUCUUAGAAGAACAUCCCUCACCUCAAGAAAGAGACGUGAACCGCUCUCCUCAGCGUCGUAGACCUGAGAACACCGAGGCAUCGAGAAGUCAGAGUCGGAGGAAAUCGAAGCCGUUGAAAAGGCCGGGAGUCAAAUUACUUCGAGAAAUCGCAGCUCUGCAGAAGUCUGAUCGGCCCAUGAUCCCACUGCUUCCUUUCUGCAGAGUAGUUCGCGAUGUAGCAAACGAAAUCUCCCCGGAAAGUGUUAUGACUCGUGGUGAAACAGAUCCACUCGUUGUGGAGGACAAUGAUGCUUCUCUGCGUGGGGGGAAUCCAGCUUGGGCGGAUGCGAUGCAGAAGAUUCUCAGUGUAGAAGUUAAAAAGCAGGACCCGAUAUUAUCCAAGAAACCGAAAAAGCAUCAUCAGCUGAAGGAAGAAGACUCUCUUAAUGUUGACGCUAAAUCUAAGGAUGAUGAGGACAAAACUAAACUGUCGAAAAAUCGUUGGAACGAUAUGAAUCGAGUGAAACCUUCACCCCUUGAUCGCGACAGGGAACGGCGCUAUGUAAAGAUAGCUACGAAAGGAGUAGUGCAGCUUUUUAAUGCCGUGGAACAACAUCAGAAACGAACUCGGAAAGAAGUGAAUAGUUCUCUGCUGGAAAGUCGACGUGAUAAAAAAUUGGCGGAAUGUGGACAAGGAAUGUUCAUGGAAAUGCUGAAUCGCCAGAAGGUCAAGAAGGAGGAGAUUUCAUCGGAGGAUGAAACUUCCCCGAAGAAAUGGAAGGUCUUGAGCGGCGAACGAAAAUCUUCCGUUCGUUUAAAAGAUUGGAAUUCUGACGAUGAUGAUGACAGCAAUUGA